AUGAAGCCGUUUCUUCUAGGCCUCCUCAAGUGCAAAAGAUGUUCGUUUACAUCAAGACUAGUUCCUCGAUGCGAAAAGGUGAAGAGAAGCAGCAUAGAUGGAAAUGCAAAGAUUUUCAACAAGCAUACGUUUACAGAGAAUGGAGGAGAGAGACUCAAACUUCUUGUUGAAAGUCUACAGGGCUUUUUUGGCAAUUUACUUUCGGAGCAGGAGAUCGGAUCCUUUGUCGAGGAUCCAGACGACGAUGAAAGGAUAAAGGAGCUUUUGUUUGGAGUCGAUGUUGUAGAGGGAAGCCUGACGUGUGAUGAAUGCGGCCUUAUAUACCCGAUUAGGGAUUCCAUUGUGGAGACAGUCGAUACUCUUGAAUCUAAAUAA